AUGGUCGGAAAGAAAUCGGGCAAGGCCCUUCGGGAUGAAGGUAAGACCACUUCUCAGCUGGCGAACUACGAACUCACGCCUACAGGCCUGGAGCGAACCGACAACAACAUGGAAUUAUCUAGCUGGCCUCAAAUCCCAGCCAUCAACCAGAAGAACUACUACACGUACGGAUCAAUGGACCUCGACUGCGCGGGCAAUGCUGACCAUCCCAAGUGA